AUGCGGGAAGCGGAUCCUGCAGCGUUGGCCAAAAGACGCAGUCGCCUCCAGGAGUUGCGCGCCAGCAGCAGCAGCGGCUGCGGUGGCGGUGUCGGAGGCGGUGGCAAUCAAGCUAGCGAAGCAGCCAUCGCCUUUGGCGUCAGCAAACGCGAAUCGAAGCGCCGACAACAUGGCUUCAACUCCGCUUCCGGCUCCGGUUCCGUUUCGGCGAUGCGCAAAUCACAAUCUCUGGAUGCUGAUGGCGGUGGCGAAAGUUAUUCGCUGGCCAGCAUUCAGUCGCCAUUGUGGGUGACGCUGACGAAUGCGCGCACCAUCGAGGAGCUUGCCCAGCAGAAGCUGUAA